UUGUUUUUUCAAACUUAGGUGUGUGGCUCUCUUUCCUUAUCUCCUUCUAUCCCCCCUUUUCUCUUCCUUUGGUCCCUGAAAAACACUACAAUUAAUAGCCUCUUUCUCAUUUUUCAUUUUAUCUCCUCCACCAGUAUCCUCCAUACUGAAUGCCUCUGGCCAUAAUGUCCGAACACCAUGCUGAGUUACCGUCCGAGGAACCCACGUGGUCGGAGCUAAAACUGCCAGAGCUUUUGACGUCCGAGACUGUUCGAUCACUCCAUGAUAUGAUCGACAAGGAGUGGGACCCCCUCGAGCGCACUGCUUGCCAGACAGCCGCAGGUAGAGCCCUAUGGAAGCAUGUUAUCCAUGACCCGGUCGCUGACAUCCUCGCCGGAGAAACCUACAUCAGAAGCCUUUAUGAGAAGAUACGAAAAGACCGGAUCAACAAAGCACGCGAAGUAUCGGGGGUGAUCUUGGCCGUCCGCACACUAUGGUUCGAUUCCAGGAUUGAAGCUGCACUCAGGUCCUUCGAUGGGGAAGAACCACAGGUUGUUCUCCUCGGUGCAGGCAUGGAUGCGAGGGCAUACCGUCUGAAUUGCUUAAAGGAAAGCACUGUUUACGAAGUGGACUUCCCCAAGCUCCUGCAAACUAAGGCAGCUCUUCUACAGGCGGCAAUAGGAUCUGGUGAUCACCAACAGCCAACGAUGAUUGCCAAGUCCCUAACCAGGGUUGCUGCUGACAUCAGAGACGACGACUGGAUCGAGAAGCUUCAGAGAAGCGGCUUUGUGCCUGCAAAGAAUACCAUUUGGGUACUUGAAGGCCUCCUCUAUUACCUUUCUCACCUCCAUGCCAUGCAGGUCCUAAAGUCCAUAGCUGCUAAGUGUGCAUUUACCCACACCAUCCUCCUUGCAGACUUCAUGAACAAAUCCUCGACGACACUCUCUGAGUCCACAUUUCAUUUCUAUAGCGAUUGGCCCGAUGACCUCCUCCCAUCCCUUGGGUUCUCCCACGUUAAGGUUUCACAGAUUGGAGACCCUGACGCCAAUUUUGGGCUCAUGCAUGAUCCCCAAAACAUAUUCAACAAGCUCAGGCAGCUGCCCAGAUCAGUUCAGAUCCACCCAGAGGACGGCACACCAUGCCGUCGCCUGUAUUUGGUCCAGGCCUCUGGCUCACCCGACCAGAUCACCUUAUAGAAGAUGGGCAAUAUAUGAUAAUAUAUACAAUACAUGUGUGUUAGUCUCAGCUCUCAAGUAUAACUGCAAUUAUAUACAUUCUUGUUAUUAGGAAUGCAAACCCCGUCCAAGUGACGAAUCUACCAUUUGAUUAUGUUAA